AGGGCCCCCCCCCCCUCCCCGUACGCACGGCAUGUACAGGUAAGACCGGCACGGGUGCGCACAGGUGUGUGACACACAGAGCUGCGGUGUGCGUCGCUGGUGAAACGUCCUCUCCUCUCCUCUCCUCUCCUCUAUCCGUGGAUUGAUCUCUCCUGGAAUUUCUUCCAGAAGCUUUCGGCCUCCCCUUCACUUAUGUUCGCGGGGAGCCCCGGGGCAUUCUGGGAAAGCUCAGCCCAGAGACCCUCUCUGCCGUUUGGAGUUUUUACGGAUUUGUCUCGUCGCGCCCGGCGCAGCUAUGUGGCGGUGGACGGUCGUUGCCCUCGCUCUGUCUCGUGUCGUGGGUGUGCUGUCUGUGAAUAAUACUGUGUACUUGGAAUCCAGAGAUUUCCGUCACAGACUGCGCUGGCCCGGUGAGCAGGACCCCACGGUCCGCUACAGCGUCCAGUACAAAAUUUACGGGGAAGAAUGGAAGGACAAGAAGGAGUGUCAGAACAUCACGUCCUUGUCAUGUGACCUGACGAAUGAGCUGUGUGACAUAAGGAAUUACUACUACGGCAAAGUGACGGCCAAUGGUGUCAAGCUCGGCCAAUCUGCCAGAUUCCACCCGCUGAGAAGCACGGUCCUGAGUCCUCCCGUUGUGACCAUAACCCCCAGCGUUCGGUCGCUGAGCCUGAGCGUGACCGUCCCCAGCGGUCCCGACCCCAGCCAGUCCAUGGUGGACUUCAUCCUCCCGGAUCCCAUCAGCUACAAGGCCAACCUGACCUACCACAACAAGACGCAUAAGAUAGUCAUUAUAGAAAUGACAACAAAUUCAUCGGAGAUCCAGUUCAACCGCCUGCAAAACAACACGGAAUACCAUGUGUCUGUACGCUAUGUGCUACCUGUGAACAAACAGAGCGAAGCCUUUCAGCGCACUGUGAAAACCCUCGCCAUCCCAGACAGAACGGAGCUGCUCGCUAUCCCCGCCCUGCUGGCCGUGUGCGUCCUGCUGACGUCCUCCCUGGCGUUCUGCCAGAUGUUCGUGCGCAGGAAGUCCCUCAUGCCGGACGUGCUGAAAAAUCUGGCAAGCAGUGGGUCGCUGCCAGUGAUCCGCUUUCCGGCAGAGAGAAUCACCACCCCGGAGGUGUACGCGCGUGUGACAGACGUGUGCGUGGACAAGAAACCCCCUUCGGCCCCCCCCAGGCCCGGCGGCGACUCCUACACCCCCCAGGUCUGCGACCCCGACGAGCAGCCGUGGCACUGCAAGUCCUACUCCAGCCAGCAGAGGGAGCCAGACGUGCAGUCCAACAGCAGGGGGUCCUCCACCAACUACAGCCUGGUGUUCGUCCAGCGGCAGGACGGGGGGGGUACCUCGCCGAAAUCGAACGGCCCCACCCCUUCGGGCGCCGGCCCGUGCCUGGGACAGGUGUCGGCGGGGGCGUCGGAGCUCGCCGCCCCAAAUGGACUCGUCCCCGUCGACCAGGAGGAGGAGGAGUCCGGGACUCUGGUGCUCCCCACGUUCCGGAGGAGCGACGGCAGGCUGGAGGUGUCCAGCCUCUUCACCUUUCUCCAGGUGGAGGAGGAGAAGGAGGAGGAGGAGGCGACGGCGCCCGAGGUGGGCGCCUUGGGGGAGGAGUCCUCAGGCGCCGGGGUGGGCGGGACCAGCUACCUGCCCAAUCAGACUGUGCCCACUGUGCCCUAUGCCAGCCAGCAGAACUGGACCCCCAAGCACAUCCCAGACUGGAACGUCCCCUCAGUAGGACACGCCCCCUCUGGUUACCGAGGGAACGGACAGGAAGCAGUGGCUCUGCUCCCUCAGCCGCCACAGGAAAUGGACCCCGGUGCGGGCGGGGGCGUGGGCGAGGGCGGGGCUGCCGGGCGGGUCCAGGGGUAUUUCUCACAGAUGUUUUCAGAUGCCUGGGGGCUAUCAGUCCAGGAAUGAUGAGACCUUUCCAC